AUGUCUAAUUUGCGGAACGAGAUUAAGGAGGACAGUAUAUCGCCAACCAACAGCGAGCUGGAGUUGGACAAGCACGGGGUUGACAAGAAUGGGGUGGAUGUGUCGCGGUUGAGUGAGCAAGAGCUGAAGUUGUACAAGAUGUACGGGAAGUUACCGUCUAAGAAGGAUAUAUUUAAGCACAGGAUGGCCGGAAGAAAGUACUUUGACAGUGGUGACUAUGCGUUGAAGAAGGCCGGUGUUAUAAGGUCAGACGAUGUUAUUGAUGAGAAUAACUCUAGUAAUAACCUGCCUGUAACGAACCCCAGUGGGCUCAGGGAGUCCAUUAUCCGUAGGAGGAUGAGCAGCAGUGCUGGAGACCAUGUUUCCAGGCAAGAUAGUAUAUCCAGUGGGCCCCCACCAAGGUCUCCUAACAAAUGA